AUGAGGGAGCUAAGAGACAGAGACAAAGCUGCCUUCUCGUGGCUUGCUAAAAGACUAGCUGCAAAUUGGUCUAGAUCAUACUUUGGCACUCAAUCAAAAUGUGAUGUAUUGUUAAAUAACAUGUGCGAAUGUUUUAAUGCAGUGAUUCUUGGUGCAAGAGGUCUACCAAUACUUGACAUGUUGGAGACUGUGAGACUAAUAUUAAUGAAGAGAAUUCAUGUUUGGAGGGACCAAAUGAAGAAGUAUUCAAGGGAGAUUUGUCUUGCUAUUCAGAAAUUUUUGGAGAAUCUCAUGAAGAAAUCAAAUGACUUCAUUGUUCAUUGGAAUGGAGAUGCCAAGUUUGAAGCUGAGGAUUCUUAUGGUGAUAGGCUGAAUGUCAAUUUGAGGAUGCGAACAUGUUCUUGUAGAAGAUGGCAGCUUAAUGGUAUUCCUUGUGCACAUGCAAUUGCAGCCAUUUUUUACAUGGGAGAAGAGCCUGAAGCAUAUGUUGAUGAGUGCUAUCACAAAGAAACCUACUUGAGGAUCUAUAGUCAUCUUAUGACUACUCUUGAUGGAUCUAAUAGUUGGCCAGACUCUGAGAUGCCACCUAUGCUCCCUCUAGAACAUGAGAAGUUACCUGGUAGGCUCAAGAAGAAUAAUAGAAGAAAGCAACCUGAUGAAAUUAACUUGGGAGGCAAGAAGGUAGUAGAUACAGCUAAGGGAACACAACAGUCUGUUGCCAAGCUUGCAAGUGAGAGAACAGUGGAAUUAACAGCCAUUGCAAUUAAUGAAUCGGAGCCAGCAACACAUGCAAGGAAGAAAUUGGAGGUCCGAAGAAAUUGGAUGGCUUCACAGUCUUCAGUAGCAAGUUGUUACCCAAAGUGA